AUGCCGCGUAGUAAAAGCGAUACAGAAGAUGUUUGCUCGACCACUGUUGAGACCAAUGUAGACAAAGAAGCGUCCACAAUGAAGGAUGUAAUAGCGGUGAGACGACGUUUAAAACGAAAACUUGAUAUAAGAUUCGUUGUAUGGGCUUUUCUGGGCUAUUUUGCCACGUACCUCGAUCGAAGCAACUUGCCGAAUGCAUACGUUAGUGGCAUGAAAGAGGAUUUGCUUCUUGAAUCCUCUGCUUACAACUGGGCUGAUACCGUCAUGCGCCUCGGGUACAAUUUGUUUCAGGUCCCUGGAAGUCUGCUAUUACCCAAGGUGCAUCCACGAUGGUUUCUUCCCACACUCCCUCUCUUAUCUGGCGUCGUCCAAUGUUGCAUGUCUCUUGUCAAGAACCAUCAGGGCUUAUUAGCUUUGAGAUUUUGCCUUGGUCUAUGUCAAUCGGUCCUUCAACCAGGGAUUGUAUUCCUCUUGGGGAAUUGGUAUAUCGACCAAGAAGUGACAAAACGCGUUGGUAUCUAUAAAGCAUCUAUGGGUGUCUCAGGAGCGGUUGGGGGUCUUAUUGCUGGCUCCAUUGUGGAAACCAUUGCCGACAAAGCAGGGCUUCGUGCAUGGCAAUGGCUCUUUGUCGUUGAAGGAUUGAUUGCUAUCUUUGUCGGCAUCAUUGGGUAUUUCAUGGUACCCAAUUAUCCACAUCAAAAGACAUCAUGGAUCACUGAGCAAGAACGCACGAUCACUAUGGAAAGGCAUGCGUCACAAGAAAGAGAGAUAUCAGUGGCGCCUUAUAGUUGGAGAAUUUUCAAGCAAAUCCUAUUCAAGCCAUAUACCUGGUUGAUGACAUACAUCGUAAUGACGGCAUUCUUCGUGAAUAGUAUGGCCAACUUCUUUGUAGUCAUAUUGAAGGAUAUGGGCUAUGACAGCGCUUUUGCCAAUUACAUGUCCACCCCGCUAAAUCUCUUCAGCGCCCUGGCAUCGCUUGUGAUUGGAUAUUCAUCCGACUGGUUUAAUGAUCAUGCCAUUCAUACUGGUGCUGUCACAGCAUGGGGAACCAUCUGGAGUAUUAUCGUUGCUGUAGUCAAUCAUGGGAAUACACCUGCAGCACUCGUCUUUGUGUCAGCUUACGCAUUAGUCAUCGUGGAUACGUUGGUAACCCUUGCCUUCGUAUGGGUGAUGGACAUUUACAAGGGUGAUGUAAAUUCACGUGCCUUGGCACUAGGUAUUGUGAAUGGUCUCGGGCUUCUCAUUCCAAGCUUCGCAAAGGUCAAGCUUUGGGUUGUCACAGAUUCGCCAGUAUUCUGGCUGGGAAAAAUAGCAAACGUGGGCAUUGGAUGCGGGGCGGUGGUCGCUGUUUUGCUAUCAUGGUUUCUCAUCCGUAUCAAAUUCAUGCUGCCAAGCCAUAUCAAGCCAGCUGAUCAACGUGAUGACGAUGAAAAGCAUCAAGAUGGUGAUUGA